AUGUCUAAGAGUGUGAGUUAUGAGGAGGUGCAAGAGAAAAAGAGUAGUAGUGAGAAAGAGCGUGAGGAAGUGUGGAGACCCGACUACCCACAAAAAUUCUUGAGGCACAAAAUUGAUGAGCAAUUUGGAAAGUUUAUUGCUAUGCUCAAGGAAGUUCACCUUUCUAUCCCCUUCACCGAUGCAAUUACCCAAAUGCCUAGGUACUCUAAGUUCCUUAAGGAGAUUUUGAGUGGGAAGAGAAUGUGUAAUAAAGUUGAUUCGGUUGAAGUUGGGAGUUGUUGUAGUGCUUUCAUUCAUAAUGAGUUGCCUAAGAAGAUGGAGGAUUGGAAACUCAAGCUAGGUGAGCUCCUCCCAUCUAACAUAACCCUUCAAUUGGCCGAACGGACUAUUAUGAUUCCAAAGGGGAGAGUUGAGGAUGUUCCUCAUAAGAUAGGAGGGUUCACUAUUGCCGUUGAUUUCAUUGUGCUUGAGAUUGCGGAAGAUGACCAUAUCCCUAUCAUUUUAGGAAGACCUUUCUUAGACACUUCAGGAGCCUUAAUAGAUGUGAAAAGAGGUCGUAUUACCUUGAGAGUUGGUAAGAAAGAGGAAAGAUUUGAGUUGAAACCAAUGCAUGAGUCUUUGUCUCUUGUGAAAGGAAUUAUGUGUGCUAAUUCCCCUCGCUCUAUUGAUACCUAG